AUGAAUGCGGUCCUCUCCAGACCCGCGGCGAGCACGCCUGCGAUCAAGCUCCCGGAGCCUGGCCCCUCAUCCUUCUUCCGUCGCAACGCGAAUCAGGAUCCCUUCUCCCCAGUCAAUGAGAACGGGAGUUUCGAAUUUGACCGUGUCCUGAAGACCGGAAGGGUCUGCCGUCGAGUCAAGCACAAACAUGUCUUCCGCGCCUCGUGGAAGCCCGCCUACCUCGUUCUCCGGCCAAACCUCCUUUCCGUCUACAAGGACGAAGAGACCACCCGCCUACGAGUGUCCCUCUCCCUCUCCGAAGUCACUGCAGUCGCACCCGUCAAAUCCCCCCGAUCAACUCGCCGCCAUGUCUUCGGCGUCUUUACCCCAUCCACGAACUACCGCUUCGAGGCCCCGACGGAACGCGAUGCCGAGGAGUGGAUCGCACGCAUUCGCGCAACCAUGCCCAACGACGAGGACGAGCGAGCCUUCCUCGGUUUGACCAGGCGGGAAACCCCAACUAUCAACAAGCAGCUCGUCGACGACACAACCGAUCACUCUGACUUCGACCCCGCCGGCCGCGCCAGCUCUCCAGAGCCGCGCCACGCACUGUCCCCGCGAGUCGGAGCCCAGAACGUCCCUUACAUUCAGGAUUACUCGGGCAACGAAGUAGCUUCACAUUCAGAGUUAUCCGAUGGGCCCACCCCGUCCCGUAAUCGCCACUUACGAUCCAUGCCCUCCAUACAUUCAUUGUCUCUUUCUGCCCCGGAGGAGAAAUCCGCGUUCCCACCUUCCUCGUCUCUGCCAUCCAAUACCCUCCCCCGGGACACAGGCAAGCAAACUGACCAUGGAAUCUUGCGCGAUCCAGAGCGGGUCAUCUGCCAGGGGUACCUGCAGGGGCUGCGGAUUCAAGGGACCGUGCGCCAGUGGAAGCGACUCUGGGUUGUGCUUCGACCGAAGAGUCUAGCCUUCUAUAAAGAUGAAUCGGAAUAUUCCGCCCUCAAGAUCGUCCCCAUGGCCCAGGUGUUCGAUGCCGCCGAGGUGGACCCCAUGUCAAGGUCCAAGAAACUCUGCAUGCAAAUCAUCGCGGAGGAAAAGACCUACCGCCUUUGCGCACCAGACGAAGAGUCACUGGCUCGCUGGCUGGGCUCGUUAAAGAGCAUUCUUGCCGCUCGCAGAAAAUUGGAUCCUGCGUUGGGCAGCUCUGUAUAG